GGUUCUGGGUCGGGCUCGUGACGGGGGUCGUGAUGGCGGCGGCCUCGGCUGCGGCGGCCGGGGGUGGUGGAGGGGAGCGCAGCAGCACCCGGGAGCGGCUUCUGGCGGCGCUGGAGGAUCUCGAGCUCUUGGCCAGGGAGCUAAUUGAAAUUUUGGCAAUUUCAAGAAACCAGAAGCUUCCACAAGCAGGAGAGGAGACCCAGAUCCUGGAACUGCUGAUUCAGAGAGAUGGAGAGUUUCAAGAGCUAAUGAAGCUGGCAGUUGAUCAGGGGAAAACCCAUCAUGAAAUGCAGCUUUUAGAAAAGGUAGUAGAAAAGAGGGAUAAUGAUAUUCAGCAGCUGCAGAAACAACUAAAAGAAGCAGAGCACAUACUGGCAACAGCUGUUUAUCAAGCAAAGGAAAAGCUGAAAUCAAUUGAAAAAGCAAGAAAAGGUGCCAUUUCUUCUGAAGAAAUAAUUAAAUAUGCCCAUAGGAUCAGUGCUAGCAAUGCUGUGUGUGCCCCUCUCACAUGGGUGCCAGGGGACCCACGUAGGCCAUAUCCUACAGAUCUGGAAAUGAGGAGUGGUCUCUUGGGUCAGAUGAACAACCCAUCCACCAAUGGAGUUAAUGGCCACUUACCAGGGGAUGCACUUGCUGCGGGCAGACUGCCAGAUGUGCUGGCUCCUCAGUAUCCUUGGCAGUCAAGUGAUAUGUCAAUGAACAUGCUACCUCCUAAUCAUAGUAAUGACUUCAUGUUGGAGCCUCCAGGACACAAUAAAGAGAAUGAAGAUGAUGUAGAAGUUAUGUCAACAGACUCCUCAAGCAGCAGCAGUGACUCAGACUAGGUACAAGAGGGACAGUAUCCCUAGUAGACCUUUCCUGUGGUAAAGGUAGGUUGGGUGCUGUUCAUCGUAAGACACAAUAUCCUUUUAUUACACUGGUGGCCCUGUGUAGGGAGAAGAUAACAGCUGGCUCAGAAAUAGGGUGACUAAUUUAUAAAUCAUGGACUUUUUAGAAUAUUUUUUUGCAUUAGAUAUUCAAGUAAAAUGACUGGGAGCUUUCUGCUGGAGGAGAGAUGUCACAUUUCCAGCGAUUAUGUAAAUGUGUGAAUGUGUAUGUUUGCAAGAGACAUGGUGUGUAUAUAUAUAUAUGUUUACUAUACAUUAGAUGACAGAAGUUCCUGGGAAAAAAGGUGUAAGGGGAAUCCCCAUGUAUGUUAGUAACUUUACUGUUUUGAUGAUGGCCUUUCUAUGGCACAGAAAUGAGACAUGACAUUUAUAAUUUUAAUAUCUUUUUUUUUUGUCACUGCCUAAAUCCAUGUUUUUGAGCCGAGAACAAAAACAUGGGAAUAAGGUGUAAGGAAAAAAGUUUGUAAUUAUUGUAAUAUAUAAUGAUUUGUCAUAAAUAAACUUAGCUUUGAUCUAA